AUGCCACUUAACUCAGAGGAGAUGCUGACUGCAGCUUGCUUUACUUGGCACUUAUCUUCAUCCUCAUUUCGUUCAGAGCCUGAGAACGGAGAGCAGUUUGUGCAGACUUUCCACUCUGCUUUCCACAUUGUCCUGCAGCAGUGGAAGGAGGAGGAGGACUUGGAAGCAUCCCCUUGGCAGUUUUUUGAUGAUGAAGAAGAAAGCAAGUUGUCUUACACAGAAAUUUAUCAGGAGUACCAAGCUCUGGUUGAAAAAUUAUUAGAAGACUAUCUUAAGGAAGUUGGAAUCAAUGAGGAGAAAUUUCAAGAAGCUUUUUCAUCUCCUCUUGCAAAGACACACACUUCACAGGCCAUUUUGCAAACAGUGUUGGCAGCAGAAGAUUUUAGACUAUUUAAAAAAAUGAUGGUACAGAAAAAUAUUGAAAUGCAAUUGCAAGCAAUUAGAAUCAUUAAAGAAAGAAAUGGUGUGUUGCCUGACUGUUUGACAGAGGGUUCAGAUGUAUUCAGUGAAAUUGAACAAGAAGAAAUGAAAAUACUGAGGGAGGUUCUAAGGAAAUCGAAGGAAGAAUAUGAAAUAGAGCAAGAAAGAAAAAGGACUGAAGAAGCACAUGACAAACUUAAAUCACCAGAUGUCACCUGCAGUUUUCCAGAUUCAAGAGAAGCUGUAAAAGUUAAGGAGUCCACUGAGAGAGCUGAUGAUUCUGAAGAAACUGUGAAAUUUUCACUAGUGGAAUCUCGGAAAUCUGCGAGGGAAGACUUAAAACCAGUAUGCCCGCUACAAAAAGGAACAGAAAGCUCACCUCAGCCAUCUUGUACCAAAGGGAAAGAAGACAUUAAGAAAAGGUCAGCUGGAAAAUGUUCAGACAAUGCAGCGCAAAAAGCUGGCAAGAAAGGACCUAAUUUAUCAGAACCUGAAGAACAGCAGCUGAAGCAACGAGAGGACUAUCUAAAGAAAAAACGAGAUAUGCUGAUGGCUGCAAAGAAGGAGUCAAGAAGUAACGUACUGUUACCAACAAACACUGGCCAGAAAGAAGAGGAAUCACAUCCUGAAGAGGAGAUGUCAGAAGAGAAGCAAAGAUUACUACAGAAGAGAAAAAUGCUUGCAGAAAAACUAAAAGAAGAAGUUAUUAAUAAGCAGUAA